UCACGUGACUGGUUGACUGUGGACGUGUAAAGCAUAGUUGUCUUUCGAAGCGGUGAGAGGGUGGCUUGCGGACGGUGUCUUAAUUUUCACAUGUUGUAGUAGAACGUGUAAAACAAGAAUUGCUAUAUAUAAAUAGUGUAAAACUCCGUAAAUAUGGGGAUCAAGUUCCUAGAGGUAAUCAAGCCGUUUUGCAGUAUACUUCCAGAAAUCGCGAAACCUGAACGAAAGAUUCAGUUUCGUGAGAAGGUGCUAUGGACAGCGAUAACGUUAUUCAUAUUUUUAGUCUGCUGCCAGAUACCCCUGUUUGGCAUAAUGAGUUCAGACUCUGCAGACCCAUUCUACUGGAUACGUGUUAUUCUAGCUUCCAAUCGAGGUACUCUUAUGGAACUUGGUAUUUCCCCCAUUGUAACUUCAGGUUUAAUUAUGCAGCUAUUGGCUGGAGCCAAGAUAAUUGAAGUCGGCGACACACCAAAGGACAGAGCUUUAUUCAAUGGAGCACAGAAAUUGUUCGGCAUGGUCAUAACUGUUGGACAGGCAAUAGUGUAUGUUAUGACUGGCAUGUAUGGUGAUCCUUCAGAGAUUGGUGCUGGCGUUUGCCUUUUGAUCAUAAUUCAGCUUUUUGUUGCUGGUCUUAUUGUUCUUCUGCUUGAUGAGCUUCUGCAGAAAGGCUAUGGACUUGGAUCUGGAAUUUCACUGUUCAUUGCAACAAACAUAUGUGAAACAAUUGUGUGGAAGGCAUUCAGUCCAACUACUGUGAAUACAGGACGUGGUACAGAAUUUGAAGGUGCAGUGAUUGCCCUGUUUCACUUACUGGCAACACGUCAGGACAAAGUGAGAGCCUUGAGGGAAGCAUUCUAUAGGCAGAAUCUGCCAAACUUGAUGAAUCUGCUUGCAACUAUUCUUGUUUUUGCCAUUGUAAUUUACUUCCAGGGCUUCAGGGUGGAUCUGCCAAUAAAAUCUGCUCGCUAUAGAGGCCAGUACAGCAGCUACCCAAUAAAGCUGUUUUAUACAUCAAACAUUCCUAUUAUCUUGCAAUCAGCUCUUGUUUCGAAUCUCUAUGUCAUAUCUCAGAUGUUGGCUGUAAAGUUCACUGGGAACUUCUUUGUGAACCUUCUUGGUGUUUGGGCUGAUGUCGGCGGUGGUGGCCCAGCUCGUGCAUAUCCAGUUGGUGGCCUCUGCUAUUACUUAUCACCACCAGAAAACAUAAUGCAUAUCCUGGAAGAUCCUGUACAUGCACUGCUGUACAUUAUUUUCAUGCUUGGAUCAUGUGCAUUCUUUUCGAAGACGUGGAUUGAUGUGUCUGGCUCAUCAGCAAAAGAUGUGGCAAAGCAACUUAAAGAGCAACAAAUGGUAAUGCGUGGACAUCGUGACAACUCCAUGAUUAGAGAGUUGAACCGUUACAUACCAACUGCUGCAGCCUUCGGUGGUCUGUGCAUAGGAGCACUUUCUGUUCUAGCUGACUUCUUGGGUGCUAUUGGUUCUGGUACUGGUAUCCUCCUUGCUGUAACAAUCAUAUACCAGUAUUUUGAAAUAUUUGUGAAAGAACAGAGUGACAUGGGCAGCAUGAGUACACUAUUAUUCUAAGACCAUUUUCACCAUACAUACAGGAUGAAGUUGUUCCAUCACAGCAGUGUCUGCUGUUAGUUGAGUAGCUGUUGUGCAUCAUCAGAAACAUAGUUAAAUGCAUGAUAAGUGUUUUCUUUUGUUGUAGCUGUACCAGACUAUUUCCCACUAUAUUCUGUAUGGAAUUCAAUGUCACAUCGUAAUGCAGAAGUAUUUGGAGGUUUCUUAUUGUUUUAAGUGUCAUAGACAUCAGUGUUCCUGAUUAUUUAUUGUUUUUGGGGCUGUAACUGCACUGCAAGAGACAAUUGGUGACACAAUGUACACAUGUAUAACCUGAAACAAUAGCUUGUUGACACUUCUCUGCUCUGUAUGUCAAUAGUGUGACAUGAAGAUCACCACCAAUAAAAGCAGAUGAUAAAGAUGCCACAAA